AGUGUGCCGGAAACAAAAAAAAGAAGAAGAAGAAACCCCCAUGGAAACAGAGAAGAGGACGAAGAAGAAGAAGAAGAAGCCAUCACGGGUCUAGCCGCGCUUAUGUUGGUCGUUCAAAUAAUACGCGUGCAAACGUAGAAGAAGCAUAUUUAUUCAGUCUUCAAAGGCACGAAAGGUGUGACCAUGUCAAUCCAAGUCCAGCCAACGAAUCCAAACAACCCGAUUGUCUUCUUUGACAUAACCAUCGGCGGGCAGGAUGUCGGACGGAUGAAGAUGGAGCUGUUUGCUGAUGUGGUUCCAAAGACAGCAGAAAAUUUCCGGCAGUUCUGCACCGGAGAGUACAGGAAGGAUGGCGUUCCUAUUGGUUACAAAGGCUGCACAUUCCACAGGUUGAUCAAAGACUUCAUGAUACAAGGAGGUGACUUCGUAAACGGUGAUGGAACUGGUAUCUGCAGCAUCUACGGGGGCCCAUUUGCAGAUGAAAACUUCAAAUACAAGCAUUCUGCGCCUGGUCUUCUGUCCAUGGCGAACAGUGGACCAGGGACAAAUGGUUGUCAGUUCUUCAUUACCUGCGCUAAAUGCGACUGGUUAGAUGGAAAGCAUGUUGUCUUUGGGAAAGUGGUUGAUGGCUUGCUGGCCAUGAGAAAAAUUGAGAACAUCAUGACAGGACCCAACAACAAGCCCAAGCUCGCCAUCGUCAUCGCCCAGUGUGGAGAGAUGUGAUCCGGCUUGCUCACACUUCACACCUCUGUAUACCUGAAGCAGUGUCUCGCAGUGACUUGAUGAUCCUCAACAAACAGCAACCCGCAUUUAUCUUCAUGUACAGAUGCCUAGUCCAAUAAUGCACACUGGAGGACAUUAUAAAGUACCAACAGGAUGUACUUGUUGUAUGGGUUUGAAGCAAAUUUUGUGAAACUUAAUUUUCAAUGUUUUAAAUGUACACUGAGUCCAAAUGGAAAUAUUUUGUGUAUCCUGUUUAUUAAAAGACAAGUAAGAAAAAUUAUACUUUUUUAAGCCUAAAGAAGGAAAUGGUUGGCAAUGGGUUUGUUCUUAAAUCAGUCACACUGUCUAUCAUCAUAUUUGAUCAAUAAAUUGUUGAGGAUAUCUGAGUUUAUAUCGUUUGCUCAACCCCGAAUACUCAAGUCGUAUAGACCAGGGGAGCACAAACGUUUUCCUAAGGGGCAAAAAACUACAAAUUAAUGUUGAGAUUUACGCCAAAGGGAAUGCCUAUUGUUAUGUAUUGUCUUGUUGUCUUAAGAUGCAAAAUGGCACUAUGAUCACACGUUCCCAUAGCUGAAUAACUUCCUGUGCAAAGUGUGUCAUUUUGCCCCUCAGGUUUAAGAAAAAUGAUUAAUAAUUAGGAAUCCUACACAUUUUAAGAACAUUUUGACCUAAAAAAAUGAAACUGCAUAAACAUUAUUACAAAGUUUUUAAACAAAUGUUAUGAUUUCUUUUCACUAGAAGUCUGGUGCGCCAAAUUGAACCUUAUAGCACACCAACUUUGUCUGUGAGCCCCUCUUUGGGAAUGCCUGGUCUAGACUUCUUAAAAUAUACAUGUGUAAUUAGUUGUGACAGUAAGCUUAAAGCAGUAGCGAGGAACUGUAAUUCCCGUUGAGUAGUUUCACGAUAUAUAUGCAUCUAUUACAAUGUUAACAUUUGCCAUGGAGAGUAAGACCAGCUACAAGUGAUUUUUAAUUUGUUUGAUUCCAUUUUCCUUUUUAUUUUUCACUGAGUUGACUACAUUUAAUUAAAGGAACCAGUUACAGUAGGCAAA